AUGGUCAAAUGUCCCGAAUGUGGUGCUGGGGCUGAUUUGACGAAGGAUGGCGCUUGGGCACAUUGCAACACCAUCUUCGAGCCUGGAAAAGAGGGCAGUCAUUACAAAGGUGGUGGGAGUGGUUCUGGCGACAAGGAAGUAACAAAGGGGGACAAGGCCGAAAGUGGGCAAGAGAGUGGAGAGAGCAACAGCCGAUAG